GCGGGCGGACCGCGGGGUGAGGAUCAUGUGUAGUCCACGCGCCGAAACUAGGUUACAGCGAGCGCAGAGCAGGAGGACACAGAGCUGUGCGAGGAGACGAGGAGCUGCUGCUGCUGUGUUACCGUGUCGCUGUUUCACCACUACUGUACCUCUGAGACUGCGCGGACCUGACGCGAAGUAAAUAACUUACAAACACACCGUUGCUUUAAUUUAUAAUUAACGUCGGCGCGUGCGAAGAAAAAGUCAGAAAAUCCAUAUGAGGAUUUGCUGUUGUGACAGUUUUCAGCUGCUCCGGUUUGGAGCAAAUAAGUGCGCGUUGCUCUCACUGUUUCUUGGCUUCGUUUCCACCUGGAGUUGCAUGAGUUGAAGAGUUGGACAGACUUCACCGCCGACAUGAGAGCUCAAAUAGAAGUGAUACCAUGUAAAAUCUGUGGGGACAAAUCAUCAGGGAUCCACUAUGGUGUCAUCACCUGUGAAGGCUGCAAGGGUUUCUUCCGACGCAGCCAGCAGAACAAUGCUAUGUACUCCUGCUCACGACAGAGGAACUGUCUCAUUGACCGGACCAACCGUAACCGUUGUCAGCACUGCAGGCUGCAGAAGUGUCUCGCUCUGGGCAUGAGCCGCGAUGCCGUCAAGUUUGGUCGAAUGUCCAAAAAGCAGCGUGACAGCCUGUAUGCAGAGGUCCAGAAGCACCAGCAGUCCCAGGAGUGUGCAGGGCUUGGUGUCAGAGAGGAGAAUAGCGACCUGACUGACCACGGCCGUUCCUACAGAAGAGGCUCCAGCACCGCACUCAGCGACCUGGACGACAUCACCACGCUGCCAGAAAGCCUGCUUUUCGAUCUGCCGCUGACCCCAGAGGAUGGAGGUGGGGAGUACUGUAACCUGGACAUGCUGGGCGGCAGUGGAGGCAGCAGUUUGUCCUCUCAGAGCUCACCAGAACAGACCAACUUGGACUUUGUAGACGGCAACCACAGCAUCAAGCAUGAGUACCAGCUGUUGCACGACUCUGGACUCUUCUCACAUGCUAUCCUCAACCCGCUGCCCGAGGGCUGCUCCCUGCUUGAGAUAGAGCAUAUAACUCAGAGUGUGCUGAAGUCCCAUAUUGAGACGAGCCAGUACAGCACAGAGGAGCUGAAGAGAAUGGCGUGGACCUUGUAUAGCCCGGAGGAGACACGAUCAUACCAGACCAAGUCCGCUGAGGUGAUGUGGCAACAAUGUGCCAUUCACAUCACCAAUGCAAUCCAGUAUGUGGUAGAGUUCGCCAAGCGCAUCUCUGGCUUCAUGGACCUCUGUCAGAACGAUCAGAUUAUCCUCCUCAAAGCAGGCUGCAUGGAUGUUCUUCUGAUCCGCAUGUGUCGGGCCUACAACCCCAUUAAUAAUACAUUGCUCUUUGAUGGAAAGUUUGCGACUGCUCAUCUUUUCAAAGCUCUCGGCUGUGACGACCUUGUGAAUGCAGUGUUUGACUUGGCUAAAAGCCUGAGCCGUAUACAGAUGUCCGAAGAAGAGAUGGCUCUCUUCAGUGCUGCUGUGCUGCUCUCACCAGACCGACCCUGGCUGACAGAUGUUCAGAAGAUACAGAAGUUGCAGGAGAAAGUCUACGUUGCUCUGCAGCGCUGCCUACAAAAAGAGGGAGCAUCAGAUGAGAAGCUAGCUAAGAUGGUUUCUAAGCUUCCCAUCAUGAAGUCCAUUUGCAACCUACACAUCGACAAACUGGAGUUUUUCCGCCUAGUCCACCCUGAGACAGCGUAUACCUUUCCCCCUCUGUAUAGGGAGGUUUUUGGCAGUGAAAUCACCUUCCCAGACUCCACAGAGGGCUAGUUCCGUUUAGCUUAAUAGCGGGAUUCAAAUAGAGACAUUGAGGUGGUGGGAGGGGGGAGAUAAAAAUGUGGCAACCAGCUGAGGCAAGACCAACCAGCAGCUCAAUGACAAUCCUGCACGCUACACUUUAGGACACACUCCUCUCACCUACGAGCUCCCUGUGGAGUAGCUCACACCGCCCUGCCAGCCAGUCCAUUCAGCUCCAGUGUAACACUACAGCAACUGCUGCAGGGUACUCAGUGCAUGUUACCUCUUUUUUUAGGGACUUACUAAAGAGUAGCCUACAUCAUUUGUAUUCUCAAAAAUGUUUUUCUAUGAAAAGACCUGUGACCUUUCAUCAAGCUGACUUUUACUUUGACCGUUCUCACAGUACCUGUAAGCUAUUUUUGAAUGUACCCCCUUUUUCCCUUUACCGUUCAGCACAGCCCUAGGCUUGAUGUAGAAUGUACAUACUUAAAAUCCUCACCUACUUUGUGGAGGUUUGCAGUAACGAUGCCUGUGUCACUUCUCAGUCCGGUCUUGGUUUAUUGUUUCAUUCAAUAUUUUGGUAGCGCCCAUAUUUUGCAGUUUUGUAACGUAUGAACAAACUGUUUAAAGGGACCACGAUCAAAGUCACAAACAGACAGGGUUUUUUAAACUGUGUGAAUUGAGGGCAAGCACUCAGAGUGUCUGCCCAGCGCGCACCUGCAGACUCUUGCACACAGAGCAAAAAACAUAGCACUUACGCUGAUCUUUUUAGGUAUUUUUACUAGCACACCCACAGACACUGAUGUAAGUGAGCUCUUUACUUUUUUUUAAUACAAUCAGUGACCUCAGCCCUUAUACCUUUUUCCCUUUGAAAAUGCCACUUAGAGAGUGAGAGAAUCAGAGGUAUUUUGAAAGUAUUUUCAGAUGCUCCUUUUACAUAUAUAUAUAUAUAUAUAUAUAUAUAUAUAUAUGAUAACACCUAUAUAAUUGUGUAAGAUAAAAGCUGUUGUGAAUUCAUCCCGAGUGAGGGGGAGAGGGAUGUGUUUGUGCUCAGGUCACUCAAACAGAUACUGCCUGCCCAAACGUUGGGGUUCUGGGAUGGAAAGAUUGCUGAAAAGCAAAUCUAAUGGAUGAUUAGCACUUAUGAGACCUUGUUAAAAUCCAAAAUGAACUCUCGGCACAAGAUUUUACGGGUUCGCACUUAGACUGCCAUCUGUGAAACUUAUGUUAAAACCAGUCAGAGAUGCUAGAUACACCCUCCCAUUGUAGAAACGCUGUGUGAACGAGGUGCUGGGCAGCCGGCCACUGUGGGGCGUGGAACUGUCACACCUCAGCCCCCCUCCACAGAAGAGUGCCAUUGCCCAAAACCUCCAGCACCGUCUCAACCAGCAGGUUCGGAAAAACUUUGGGAGCAAAGAAAGAAAUGUGACAUUUUACCACAUUUCCAUGGACAUGUUUGGAUAAGGGGCAGAGAAUGGACAUGGUGUUAUUUAAGUUCCUUAGACAUUGGUUAGUGGCGUCAACUGUCUGCGCCAACUUUCACUACUUCUUGAGGCGGACUGCGCUAUUGCAGGAAGCCAUGGUGUUUUGAUCUGAAAAUUAGAUCCUCUGUUCCUCUUCCCCAACUCCCUUACUACCUCACCCUCUUCAAACACUACAUGGCACAGCAAAGGGUUGACAGAGCCAUCAGCUACCCCCCUGAGUUAGUAUUUCUGCAUACAUACUGAAGAGCUUCUUCAAAAAUGUAACAAUUAGUGGUGUAAUUUGAAGGCUGACUAAAAACUAUGGUAAAAUUUGUUAUUGCGCUCUUAAAACUGGACAGGAGACAAAGAGCAAACUGAACUGCUGGAUCUACUUAUGCUGAGGAUCUCUGACUGCUUUUCUGUCAUUUGAGAGCAGUUCAUGCCUUCAGGUCCAGGAAGCCCUACUUAGAUACAGAUCUAUCUGAAGUAAAGUCUCCGGAGACACAGGGUGUGUCCAGAUGAAACCUUUUUUCCCCAGAGUUGGAGGACAUAUUAGAUUUCUGCCAGUGUCCUGAUGAAGCUACUAGAAAAGAAUAGAUGUAACUGAUGCUGUUUUUAACUGUUAAAAGCAUUUUAAGACAAUCACAUGACACAUGUUGGAUGUCUAGCUCUAAGCUGUCAGCCAGGUUUGCUUUGCACUGCUGGGACAGUGCUGUUCGCCAUACAUUAUCUUGCAGUAUGAAGGGGUAUAUUACCCUCUUCUGGGUACGUAAGACAGUGGCAUGGUGGGAUUGUGCAAUAAUGUCUCUCCCAUUGUUCUCAGUAUGUUGGGCCUUUGUUGCCAUGUAUUACAGUUACUACUUUCAGAAGCACUCCAGCUCAGUUAAAGGUCCAAUGUGUAGGAUUUCGGGGGGAUAUAUUGGCAGAAAUGGAAGCUAAUAUAAUAAGUAUGUUUUGCUUCGUGUACAGUCACCUAACAAAUAAGAAUGAUCGCGGUUUUGUUACAUUAGAAUGAACUGUUUAUGUCUGCAUGGCUAGUUCUUAUCCACUAUCCACUCUGCUAUGUUGCACCGCCGGGUUUCAACAGUAGCCCCUGGCUUUAGAUAGCGCUAUUCAUGAUUACGCUUAGCCCCUCAGCAUUGGAAGAACACUUAUUUCUUCGUACCUAAAACUGCUUAAUUUACUGUUUUUACCAGUUUAAUCAUCGGGUCAAUUUGUUUUGAAGAGGAGGAGACCUCUUAGGAUUAUUUGGCUCCGGGUAAAAACCUCCUUAAAGUCUGGAUCUUAAGUUAUCCAAGAAAAAAGGUUAGCACAUAUUAUCAGGUGCAAGCAGCCCAUCUCAGACGAACCAAACGGUGUCAGAGAAACAUUGAUUUGUAAAGUUAAACUGCCUUCUUCCAUAGUUUUACCAAUUUGAAUAACCACUUCGAUUUGUUUUUGAGAGGAAGAGACCUCUGCAGAUAAUUUAGCGCCCGGAAAAAACUCCUGAACGUCUGUUCUCUUAGCAGGUGCUUGUCGCAGACAGGCCAAGCAGCAUCAGAGAAACACAAAUUUGUAAAGUGAAACUGCUUUAUUCAGUUUUAUUACCGGUUUUAAUCACCUGAUCCAUUUGUUUUGGAGAGGAAGAGACCGCUACGAGACCGAAUUCGGCUCCCGCGAAAACCUCCCAAAUAAAGAACUCUGAAGGAAUUCUUAUCAUUUCAGCUGGUUGCAAUGUGCAAUCCUCACCACUAGAUGCCACUAAAUCCCCCUUAAUCUUACACACUGUUGCUUUAAUCUCGCAGCACUACAGAUAACCAUCUAUAAUAUAAUGUACCAAAUACACAGCCAACCACUACACAGGUCAGCUCUCAGCUGACGCAGCCAGAUGACACUUACAGAUUGUAACAAAGUGCAAUACUUUGUGUGUGGAGAAUGUUAGACAUGCUGAUUUGAAAAGAUUCAGUAUACAGGCCUAAAAGCUGUCCAGACGGCAGCACUUUGGAUCUGCACUUACAUUUCCGUUUAGAGUUACUCAGGGAGAUAGCUGGGCUCUCUGUCCUACAGUGUCUGCAGUCAGUCUAGCUAGCAAGACACCUUGCACCAACAUAGAAGACCUUAAAACCUUGAUCACUGUGUACAGUACAUGUUCUUGUGAAUGUUUGAUUUCAGAAGUAUCAAAGAUUUUACCCCUGUCUAAUAUCAUUAUUGCAAGACUUUUUAUUCUUUGAGUUUGAGUCAUAGAUGAAAUAGGACAUUAAAAAAGUAAAUAUAGUAAAAAAAUAAAUAAAUAUAAAAGAUGGAUUAUAAUCUCUGAAUCUUGUGUUGGUUUUGUUGUGAUCUUUUGUUUCUUAAUUUUUAUCCCUUUGUGUACUGUUUUUUUUUUCUCAUCAGUUUAGUGUCCUUUUUGUCUUGGAGAGAUGUAAUUCUAUUUUUUUAAAGAGCGUUUUUAAAGAUGUCUCCCUAAAAGUUUCUCUUUUGUCAUGAUCCUCUCUGUUUAUGAAAUGUUCACUCUAUUUUAAGAUUAUUAUUAUUAAAUCAAUAUAGAUUUUAAUAAGAAAUAAUUUAUGAUAUGUUAUGGAUAUAAAGCCCAAGAGGUUUUAACACAGUAAAGUGUUAUUGCACAAUGGUGAUACAAUAUGUGGAUUUAAGAAUGUAAUAAACGUCUUUUUACAAUUAAAAGAAAAA